CAAUGCAGGUAUUACCUGAAGAACAGUUCGGGUUCAGGGCAGGACACUCCACCUAAAUGCAACUUCUAAGACUCGUCGAACAAGCCGCAGAAGGCAUCGAAAGACAACAAGCAACAGGAUUGGUAUUACUAGACAUAGAGAGAGCCUUCGACCGAGUCUGAAAACAAGGACUCGUGGGAAAGAUGAAGACCAUAGGAUACCCCAACUGGAUCUGCAAACUGACGGAUUCCUAUUUGAGGAAUAGGAGGAUCCAGGUGAAAGUAGGGCAAGAAAAAUCGCAACCGAGGAUCUUGGAAGCAGGAGUCCCACAUCCCUCCCCAUCUCUACACGAUAUUUACCCACGACGUACCGAAACUCCAAAGAACCGAACUUGGACCGUACGCAGAUGAUACAGCCUUAUCAUUCAGGACACCAAACGUAGAUUAAGUAACGAGAAAAAUGCAAAGAGCACUCGACGAUUUGGAAAAAUGUUGCACCAAAUGAAAAAUAAAAAUAAACGCCAACAAAACGGAGGCAGUGCUGAUCACGAAGAAAAGAACAAGACCCCGCGAAACACUCAACCUCAACGGAGAGGACAUCGAGUGGAAGGACUCCGUAAAAUAUCUCGGGGUGAAGAUCGACAAAAAACUAAUGUUUAAACAGCACAUAGACGACAAUAUAGCCAAAACCAGGGCAGUAGCGACUCAACUAUAUCCUAUCUUAGGGAGACACAGCGAGAUGAACCCAAACAACAAGGUCACGCUGAUAAAGGCGGUUAUAAGACCGACACUGACCUAUGCAUCUACUGCAUGGGACUUUGCGGCAAAAACCUACAUGGAAAGGCUCAGAGCUUGCGAGAGCAAAAUCAUCAGGCGGGUAGUAGGAGCUCCAUACUACGUAAGAAACGAAAAUAUCAGAAGAGAUCUGAAACUCAACACUCUGUUGGAGUUAGUCGUGGAUGUUCAAACACACCGCCGCUUCGAGGGUGGCUCUCGACAUACCUACCCCGAGACCAUAAACACUGCAAAUUCUGUUUUCUCACACAAAGUCGUAAAAAGACAGCGGCAUCGAAAUGAGGGUUGAGGGUUGGGUGAUGGUUAGUUUUGCCGCCGAACCUUUUAGCCUCAUUUAGUCGUGGAUGUUCAAAUGCGCUUGUAGUCCUAUAUUAAAGUGGAAAGUGUGUGGUAGAUGCAAAUAUCGUUUUUAUUUUCGAAACGGUCAGUUUUGUGCUGCUUGUGAUUUUCGGGUUGCGAUUUUUGGUUACGGUUAUAGAGAGACACAGUUUUGUUUGUCAGUGCCUUUACUUUUUUUUCGAGAUAUUUUUUACCAUAGACAAUGAACGGGUAAGUGACUAAUUAGAUAAUUAUUUGUAAAUCUGCGAGUGAAUUAUCCUAAAGCCUUUAAUUAACUAAUCAACCGCUGUUUAUUGACGGUUAAGUUUCGCAAAAUUUAAAAUAAAAGGAAAAAGGGAAUGCUUCUUCUAAAGAGCAAAAAAAGCAAGGGCCUUUUUUACCGAUAAUUUUUUGAAAUGCCGGGGGUUAAUUUUUCUUUUUUCUUCGCGUGUAGCCUAGAGAAGACAUUUACCUGAUUCAGUUUUUUAUCUGCAUUAUACAGGUGCGUCGCUAUUGAAGUAUUACGUUGCCACCGGUGCCUACUCAGGGCCGACACUGUCUGCCCUGAAGCGAUAUUCGCUUGCGAUGGCGUCGAGGCGCAUACGUUCUGCGCCUCGUGUGCCGAUGUGAUUGGCUGGUUGCAAAAUGAACCCCCGCUACUUUGCCCCUUUUGCGGGAUGAUUGUUUUUCGCUCCAGGGUGCUGGAGCGAAUGGCUUUUUUGGGAGAAAGAAGACGCCAAGAAAUGGAGAGGAUGCCUGGCCCUCCACCCUUAAUCCCAAUUCAGGAGAUCCCGAACUUCCAAGACGUAAUCUCCAUCGGAUCCAGCGAGGAGACAGCGGAAUUCCCACACCAUGGCGGGGAAGUUAGACCGGGUUCGCCAAGCUCGGGGAGUAGCACCGUAAGCUACAUUUUCGAGUUGCCGCCUCCCUUGGAUCCUGAGGAGUCGCUCGAUUCGGGAUAUGGACACGAACAUAUUUAAAAAAAGUACGAGCGGGUAUUUCCACGAUAACGCUGACACCGUUAAAUUUCUAAUUUUCUUUUUUCAGAUUCCGGAAUAUAAAUAUUUACUCGUUACCUCUCGUGUUUUAUUUCCUCUGUCCUUGGUGCGCAAUAAAAGCACAGUUUGUACCCGCGAGGGUACACAUUCGCAGAAUUAUAUGUUUUUAAAAUAAAUGUUUUGGUCAAUAUUCACUAGGUGGGGUUACCUUAUUCAAGAAAAUCUUAUUCCAAGAGGGGACACUAGUUUACAUUCG